AUGCCACCAAACAAGGCUCGGCCCACCGACCUCACCAUCAACCUCAAGUCCGCCGCUGAAGCCGCGCAGUCGUCCGCUGGACCCAACAGUAGCCCCAUCAACCUUGAAGGCGUCGACCUGUCCUCUUUCGGCGGAGACAUUGGCCUGGGCUCGAGCGCGUCCCCGCCAUCCCUCCCUCCGCUCCCGCAAUCUCCGCCGUCGUCUCCCCGGCAUAAUCGCGAACCGUCAAAGAACAUAUUGCGGCAUCUUGGCAGUAAGAGCUCGAAGGUCGAGCAGGAGACAUCGCGGGCGCCAGCGCGGCAGGUGAAGGCGGAGAACGAUGUGUAUCGGUCUACAACGAGCGGUGUGGCAGCAGUAUAUCAACUCAAGAAGAACGUCGGGAGCUCUCCGGAGCUGAGUUUGGUCGGCAGCAUGGAGAAUAUCGGAGUGAACCCCAGCGAAGCCAACGACACAGCAGACACAGCACGGCGGCCGCAGCAAGUACCGCACCACAGUGAAGACAGCGCCGCGUCGAAGAAAAGCAGCCUUCCCUUCCGAAAACAGCUCGGCCGGACCAAGAGCACGCGGAGCAGUUCGAACGGAUCAAAAACGCGACCCGAGAUACCAGAAGCCAGAACAGCAAUCGAGCCAGCCCCACGAACAGCACCACUCCCCGCGGAACAAAGAUCCGAGAUGCUGCGAGCUAAAAAGGACAAGGACAAGAGUCGUGGGAAGUCAGCAGAUAGGGCUGGGGCUAGUGAGAGCGACGACAAUGCUGUGGUGCCACCAGCAAGACCGGUCACGAAAGAGAGGGAAAGCCAUAAGGACAAGGAGAAGGAGAAGAGUGGCUUCAUGAGCAGCAGCAAGCAUGCUGUGUCAAAAACGACGAAAGCGAGCGGGAACUUCUUGACGAGGCUUGGGAAGAUUGGCAGGAGUAGCAGCAAUAAUGAAAAGGAGGUGCCCGAUAGUGAGUAUGUGCUGAAGGUCAUCAAUCUGCCAUUGGUGGAGCAAACGAGGCUCACGAGGAUAAGCAAGGAUUUGAGCAGUUGCAGGGACAAGACUGAGUAUUGGAUGCCUAGUCUACCUUGGAGGUGCAUCGACUAUCUCAACCUCAACUGCGAAGCCGAAGGUCUGUAUCGGGUGCCAGGCAGUGGUCCACAAGUCAAGCGCUGGCAGCGCCGGUUCGACACGGAGAUGGAUGUGGAUCUUCUGGACGAAAACGAGCUCUACGACCCGAACAACAUCGGCAGUAUGCUGAAGUCAUGGCUUCGCGACCUGCCGACUGAGAUCAUGCCCAACCAUCGUCAGCUUGCACUUGGUGUAGAGCUCGAGAAAGAGAACCCGGACUAUGCCAAGAUCGGCCAGCCAGCACCGCAGAAACUGCGGGAUGCACUUUCGGAACUGUCGCCCUUCAAUUACUACCUCCUCUUUGCGAUCACGUGCCAUCUCAGCUUGCUGCUUUCGCACAAGGAUAGGAAUCGCAUGGACCUGAACAACCUGAGCAUCUGUAUUGGACCAUGUCUGAAGCUCGAGCGUUGGCUAUUCAACUACCUCGUUGGUGAUUGGAGACACUGCUGGCAAGGUUGCUUCACGGAGAAGGAGUACCUUGAGAUCGAGAAGCAGCACGAACAGGGCGACAGCUAUCAACCACCAAAAAUACUAUCGACUUCGAACCUGACGAAUGAUAGCUCGGCUAGUACUCUGCACGGUGGCGACGAGCGCGUGGUACACAGCAGCGGCAGUGAACGUGUUGAUCAGCGCGAGGACUCGAUUUCGACCUUGUCAGGUGACAGCAUGCAGCGCAGCCGCGAAAACAGCAAGCCAGAGACGUACAGACCAGUCGGAGCACGUGGGCGAAACAACGACAACGUCUCGACACCACAACGUAGCCCCACCACCGGGUUGAUCGAGAGCAAGCGACCAGCUACAGCAGAAGACCGCAAAGGCAGCGGCGACGACACACCCACCAACUCCACGCCUCGACCGUACACACACAGCCGUAGCCGCAGCGACGUGGCGACCACACCGGUCAAGGGCGACUUCGCAUUCCCUCCUCUUCCGACCCGACCAGCUUAG